CAAGGACUGCAACUGUUUUCUACUCUACUAUCACCAACCUCACUAACCACCCGGCGAGAGUACCUCUUGAGUCCUCUGUUAUCAUGGCACUUCGCCAAUUGUCAUCGCCAUCGAUGCUGGAGAGCCUAAAUGCGGCCAUUAACGGACCUAUGCGUGCUUCCUUUGCACAACCUCUAUGGCGACCUUUACCACAAAUUCUUCCUCCUAUCCGGAUACCACUCGCACUCACCGGAAUUUUCAGUAUACCAUCUAUACUUGAGGGUAUAUGGGAGUCUAUACUACGUGCGGUUCCCAAAAAGAAGACCUCGUACAGGAAAAAGAGACAGCGACUAUUAGCUGGCAAGGCAUUGAAGGAUAUCACUGAGCUGAAUCGGUGCUCAGCUUGCGGUAGGGUGAAGCGAGCACAUAUCCUUUGCGCAUUCUGCGUUCAAUCAAUCAUAUCGAGUCGCGCGAGAAACCUCACAAAAAAUAUUUGGAGCCUUAAGCCUCUAUCUUCAAAGCACAAGUGGGAUCAGAAACCGAAAAAAUUGAAUAUGGAUGUAGAUGUAGAUGUCCAGUCAGUCGUCUCGACAAAUGCGAAGGAAGUGAAUGUCCGACCAGCUUCCACGACAAUGAAGUCGAAACAGUACCUCACCCUCCGAACGAUUGAAGACGCUCACGCUACAGACAUCUUUGCGAUUGCACCGACUAAAACCCAUCUCAUCACGGCAAGCGGUGGUUCCAGCUUACGCGUUUAUGACACCCAAUCGCCCGAUAUCCCACUCGUACAAGAGCUCAAGGGAGCACACAAGCUAGGAUGUCACCACCUGGCAACCAGUAAGAAUGGCAAGAAAGCGGCGAGUGCUGGAUUUGAGGGUAAAGUCAAGGUAUGGGUUGCUGGCGAAGGGAGCGAGUGGGUAGAGGCUGGCGAGAUCGUAGAUUCGAAUAAGGCGGGCGAAAUAUGGGCAGUUGCGCUCAGCGAAGACGGCAGUUAUCUGGCCAGUACAACGUACGAUGGGCGUAUCAAUGUGUGGGAUCUCAAGACAGAAGGUAUGCCAAAGAUAAGGGAAUACGAAACGAAGGGCAGCUUUGGCAUGUGCGUAGAUCUGUCUAUUGAUGGUCGAUUCACAGCUUCAGGUCAUGAAAAUGGAGGUGCAUACAUUUUCAAUAAUGACUCUGGGAGAAUGCUUCACUCGCUUCCAGGUCUUGUCAAACCUAUUCGCUCUGUAGCAUUCUCACCUCUAGGUACGCUUCUCGCUGCUGCUGGAGACGCCCGAAUUAUCGCCCUCUACGAUGUAGCCUCUGGUGAGCAAGUCGCUAACCUUUCUGGCCAUGGCGCGUGGAUCUUCAGUCUGAGUUGGAACGAAACAGGCGAGUAUCUCUUGAGUGGAGCCUCGGACGGUAGAUCAAAGGUAUGGUCUACAGAUACGAGACAAUGCGUCGCAACACAUUCCGAGAGCGACCAAACCAUAUGGUCUGUCACCUGGUUGCCGAAAACUGCUAGGAGCGAGAUGUUCGUAACAGCCGGAGCAAGUAGGGGGAUUUCUCUAUACCGCGAAGCUACCGGAGGCUGAGAGUCUACUCCGGCUCGACACAAUACCAACCAGGAGAUGAUCUUGAAGUGGUCGAUGUUGCUGGCCAUCUAAACAGACAAAUCAGGCUUCGUCCGAUAUGAUCUCUGAACACCCGCAGCAACGCCAGCAUCAAGAAUGCUGAACUUGCGAUGUAUUACGACCAAGACGAAAAAGUCGCGUGUCUGAAGGACCUUGCAUUAAGAACAGAGAGUAUAUAAGUAAAUCAAUCAUCACAGCUUCACAGAACACACCACGUCCGAAAUCCUAUCAACAUUAACCUAGUACUCCCUACGGGAACAUGGGUAUGCCAUUCUCAGCUUGUAGUACCU